AAUAAAUGCUGGGAACAUCGGAGCUUGAGAAAGUCCGGCCAUGGCGACGAUUUCUCAGAUACCUUUCUCUAUCUCCUUCCCUUGUUUCGAAUUUCGGAAACCAUCGUUCUACUAUCAUCAGCCUCAACUUUUUGUUUCGUACUUGAAUUCCACGAAGAAGCAUAGUUUUAUCUGUUUCGCAUGUUCCACCAAACAAACCAGAGUUCGUAAGAGAGUGAAGAGCAAUGAGGAGCUUCGGAGUGAGAUUAUGCAGUUCGUUGCUUUGGCUGGGCUUCCUGAAGGUCACGUGCCGUCCAUGAAGGAACUCUCCGCACAUGGAAGAGUUGAUCUUGCUAACAUUGUAAGACGAAGAGGCUAUAAAUUCAUCAAGGAACUUGUUGCAAACUCUGGUAUGGAGGAAGACUGUAACGAGCUAGUCGCUGACUCUGAGGAUAAUAAUACCAACAUUGAAACAGGAGGAAGCCGAGCUUGUUUGGAAGAUUCGUCAACAGAUUUAAGUAAGGAGGCUGAAAAACAAGGAAGUUUGAGUAAAGAUGAAUCGUCACUGGCUGGAGUUUUGAGCUUGGAAAACUCUUUUUCUAACUUGGGUGACAGUAAUCAUUCAGGAGAAAUCACAGAAAAAAUUUUCAAGAUUGAGAGUGUGGAGCUCAAUGAGAUAGCUGACAUUGAAAACUCAUCGUCUGAAGCUUCAGUAUUUGCAAACCAUUCUCAAGAUUUAUAUGAUACUUCAAGCUGUCCUGACAUAGAAGCAGGCAAUGUUUCGAUGACAGAGGAUGAGGAGGUCAACGAUGUGGACAAAGAUUUCUCUCUUACGUUUGAUCAUUACACCAGUCCUACCUCUAAUCAUUACACUAGUCCAGAUCUCAAUUCCAUCAAACAUGUUGACAUUGCUACUGGAUCCUCGUAUGAUCUGACCUCAGAGAAUACCAUGACAAAUGUAGAGAAUUUUCAGAAUCAGCAGAUUGAUGAUAUUGCUGCAAAUCGUUCUGGUAGUGCUGAUGAUAGUUUAGUUGAGUCUGAGGAUAAUGAUUGGAUGUCAGGGCUUUCUUCUUGCACUUCAAGCAUAGAAGAAAAAACAACCAGAUUUAUUCAGAAUGGAUACUUGGAUACAGUUGGUGCUGAUGAAAAUGACAUACCCAAUGAAAGCUGUCCUGAAGAAAGUUCAGAAACAACCAAAGGUGGUGAGUACAUAGGAGACAGUCUUGGAGGUCCGAGAAUUAUGAGUACACCACUAAAUGGAAGUGCCCUAGCAUUGAAGGAGAUAAUCCAUGCUACAGAAGUUAAUAGCUCUGACAGGAAUAGUGAUCAGAGAGAUGGGAGUGUUGGCUUGGACACGGAUCCACAUCAUGAGACCAGGAAACGGGAAAAUCAGGUUGAAAUUGAUCGGCUGAGGUUCAUGCUGGAUCAAAAAGAGCUGGAGUUGUCAAGGCUGAAAGAGCAGAUUGAAAAAGAAAAGCUGUCUCUUUCAGUUCUCCAAAGACAGGCUGAAACAGAGAUCCAAAAGGCCCAAAUGCUUAUCUCAGAGAAGGAAGUUGAAUUGCAAGAAGCUGAGGAAAGUCUUUCAGGAUUGCAAGAGGUUGUGAUUGAAUAUUGCGGAGAUGGUAACGCUGUGGAAGUGACUGGCAGUUUCAAUGGGUGGCAACACCGAGUGGGAAUGGAACUACAAGCAUCCAAGUCAAUAGGGAAACAGAAAUGCUGGUCGACAUUACUGUGGUUAUAUCCCGGUACAUAUGAGAUAAAGUUCAUCGUGGACGGGCAAUGGAUAACGGAUCCUCAAAAAGAUUCGGUUACAAGAGGACAUAUCUCAAACAACAUUCUCAAAGUAGACAGCCAAUGAUCUCUUGCCUUUACUGAUUUUUCGAGUCGAAUUCACUCCAGAUGAUCGGUGCAGGCUUAAACAGGUGAAAAGAGCAGAGCAAAACAUUUCAAAGGUUUAUUAGCCUCUUCAAUUUAAGUCUACGAUGUUUUGCUUUUAUUCUUUGAAGCUUAGGGAUAGACUCUGUACAAAAUUGUAAUUUAAGGUAAAAUAAUACAUUUAUAAGGUUU